CCGACAAAUCAAACGCGCCCCCCUAACUACAAAAGCAAGAGAGAGAGGUCACGACUCGAGAGAGGGAUUUCUGGAAGGGGAAGCCCAGUAGAAAGCGGGCAGCUCGCGAACGAAGAUGAUCUGAGAUAACAAAAGAAUGGGAGGGAAGAUAGAAGAAGCAGAUGUUAAUGGAGAUUUAUCAUCCUCCCCAGAGUUGAAGAGGCAGAAAGUAGGUCACCACGAGAUGAAUCCAACAACUGAGAACACCCAUUCAAGUCUCCUACCUUUGGCUUCUUAUUACUCUGAAGAAGAGGAAGAGGACGAUGAUGACAGAGAAGGAAGAGAAGAAGAGGGGAACAGAGAGAAUGGGAGUUUAUUUCACGGGCAGCGACAAAAGCAAGUUGAGGUUCGAAGGGAUUGCCCUUAUUUGGAUACAGUCAAUCGCCAGGUCUUGGACUUUGAUUUUGAGAAGUUCUGCUCUGUUUCUCUGUCAAACUUAAAUGUAUAUGCUUGCUUGGUUUGUGGGAAAUACUACCAAGGAAGGGGCAAAAAGUCACAUGCAUAUACACAUAGUCUUGAAGCAGGUCACCAUGUCUAUAUCAAUCUACGAACCGAGAGGGUCUACUGUCUUCCUGAUGGAUAUGAAGUUAAUGAUCCAUCACUAGAUGAUAUUCGCCAUGUCCUAAACCCAAGAUUUAAUAGAGAGCAGGUCGACCAUAUUGAUACAAAUAAACAAUGGUCAAGGGCUCUUGAUGGUUCAGACUAUCUUCCUGGAAUGGUUGGACUCAAUAACAUCAAGGAAACAGAUUUCGUUAAUGUUACUAUUCAAUCACUGAUGCGUGUAACCCCAUUAAGGAACUUCUUUCUCAUUCCUGAAAACUAUCAGAAUUGCAGAUCUCCUCUUGUUCAUCGAUUCGGAGAACUUACACGGAAGAUAUGGCAUGCUCGCAACUUUAAGGGACAGGUGAGUCCCCAUGAAUUCCUCCAGGCAGUUAUGAAAGCCAGUAAAAAGCGGUUUAGAAUUGGGGUGCAGUCAGAUCCAGUUGAGUUUAUGUCCUGGCUUCUGAAUACACUGCAUACAGAUCUUGGGGGUUCUAAGAGGCCCAACGGCAGCAUUAUAUACCGGUGCUUUCAGGGGGAGUUGGAAGUUGUGAAGGAAAUUCAAAAUAAACAGUGUUCUGAGAAGAAAGAAAAUGGUGAUCAGCAGAAUAAAGCUUCUGUUUCACAAGAGGGAACAGUGGUGGAGAAUGUUCUCAGAGAGACUAACCGAAUGCCAUUCUUAAUGCUCGGGCUUGAUUUACCCCCUCCUCCACUUUUCAAAGAUGUCAUGGAGAAAAAUAUAAUUCCACAGGUUCCCCUUUUCAACAUACUAAAGAAGUUUGAUGGUGAAUCAGUCACUGAAGUUGUGAGACCUCAUCUUGCCAGGAUGAGAUAUCGUGUAAUCAGGUUACCCCAGUAUUUGAUUCUCCAUAUGAGGAGAUUUACAAAGAACAAUUUCUUUAUGGAAAAGAAUCCAACUAUUGUGAACUUUCCUGUGAAAAACCUUGAGCUUAAAGAUUAUAUUCCAUUACCAACACCUAAUGAUAACGAGAGAUUGAGGUCAAAAUAUGAUCUGAUCGCAAACAUUGUACAUGAUGGAAAGCCUGGAGAAGGAUCUUACAGGGUGUUUGUGCAAAGAAAAUCAGAAGAAUUAUGGUAUGAAAUGCAAGACUUGCAUGUGUCAGAAACUCUUCCUCAAAUGGUUGCCCUCUCAGAGGCUUAUAUGCAGAUUUAUGAGCAGCAGCAGCAGUGAUGACUGAGUAUUUAUAAUGUUGUGUGUAGCCUUAAUCUGAUGACCAUAUCCUUUCCGAUCACAUGUUUUAGUUGUGCAGUAGGUUCGUGCUAUCAUCAUUGACCAGCUGUUAUUAUAGCUCACUCAAAUAUUGCUUUAUUUUUACAUCACAAAAAAUUGGAUUCUAGUCGUCCUCCUACCCAAAAGAAACUUGGGUCCGCGUUAAGACCAUGAGGGGAAAUGAAUAUAAACUGUACUGAAGAUUAUAUUGGUAAUGAUGCAAGAGUUUUGUAACUUGCUUCAAUUGAUUAGUGAAGCAUAGUCUCCGUAUAAUCUAUACUUUUACAAUUUUCAUCAUGUAUCAGUUCAUUUUUGUAUAUUCAUGUGAAUUCAAACAGUUGUGGAGCAAUGCUAAUCAAGUUGAGAAUAAAAUUGAGUUUGAAGGC